CCUCCCCCCUCUGUUACUUUGUGUUCCCACAGGUGCACCAGGAAGGAGAAAUGCGAGCGCUCGGCCGAGCCCCGGCGGUUCGCCUGGGACAUCAAGCAGUGCGUCCGACUCAGCGUCCACCCCAGCAACAUCUCAGUGUCCCAGUUCAGUGUCACGCUGAUCCUGGAGGCCCAUAACGUCCCAGAGUUGUCUGCAGGGGUCAACUGUACCUUUGAGGACCUGGCUGAGAUGGACGGUCUGGUGGAGGGGAACCGCAUCAGGUGCAGCUCGCCUGCCGAGAAGGAGGUGCCUCGCAUUAUCGUAGACAAAGGUGAUCACCAGAUAGUUCAGCUCUACCUCAAGUCCAAGGAGACGGGCCUGGUCUUCGCCAACACCAGCUUUGUCUUCUACAACUGCAGCGUCCACAAGUCGUGUUUAUCAUGUGUGAGAAGCCCCUACCAGUGCCACUGGUGUAAAUACAGACACGACUGCACCCACGACCCACGCACCUGCUCCUUCCAGGAGGGACGCGUCAAGAAGCCAGAGGAGUGUCCCCAGCUGCUGCCCACCGAGCGUAUCCUGGUGCCGGUCAACGUGGUGAAGCCCAUCACCCUGCGGGCCAAGAACCUUCCCCAGCCACAGUCAGGACAGAGGGGCUAUGAGUGUCUGCUCACCAUCCAGGGCGUGGAGCAGCGGGUGCCCGCUCUCCGCUUCAACAGCAGCUGUGUUCAGUGCCAGAACACCUCGUACUCAUAUGAUGGGAUGGAGAUGAGCAGCCUCCCUGUGGACCUGACGGUCAUCUGGAACGGAGACUUCAGCAUCGACAACCCCGCCGACAAUAAAGUUCACCUGUACAAGUGUGAUGCCCAGAGGGGUAGCUGUGGCCUGUGUCUGAAGGCAGACCCCCUGUUUGGCUGUGUAUGGUGUAAGGGGGAGAACCGCUGCACCCUCAAGCAGCACUGUCCCCACCCUGAGAGCCAGUGGCUGGAGCGCAAUGGACUCAACAGCAAGUGUACACACCCACGCAUCACCCAGAUCACUCCGCUGCGGGGGCCUCGGGAAGGGGGCACCCUAGUAACCAUCCGGGGGGAGAACCUGGGCCUGGACUUCAGUGAGAUCCAGGGGAACGUCAGGGUGGCCGAGGUGGACUGUACCCCCGUCCGCGAGGGAUACAUCCCGGCAGAACAGAUAGUGUGUGAGAUGGCGGUGGCAACGCCGAGCCAGUUCGCCAACUACGUGGAGGUGUGUGUGGGGGGUGUGGGGGUCAGAGACUGUCCCAAAGAGUUCAGGGCCGUAUACUCCAAGUACUACUACUUCGUGGUCACCAGACUGAUCAGCCUGAAGCCCAGCCGAGGGCCCGUCUCCGGGGGAACCAUCGUCAACAUCACCGGUAGCAACCUGGAUGCCGGGAGCAACGUGUCCAUCAUGUUCAAGGACCAGAAGUGCACCUAUCACAGGAGGGGCGGGCAGUGGAUCACGUGUCGCUCCCAAGCCUCGCUGCAAGGAUAUGGAAACGUCAGUGUGUCAGUGACAGUGGACAAGGCCCGCAUCCAGAAAGACUUGAAGUUUGAGUACGUGGAGGACCCCACUAUCAUCAAGCUGGAACCUGAGUGGAGCAUCUUCAGUGGGCACACACCUGUGACCGUGACCGGCACCAACCUGGACAUCAUACAGAGCCCCCUCAUCAGAGCCAAGUACAACGGUCGAGAGACAGUCAACAUAUGCCAGGUGUUCAGCCCCACGUCCAUGCUGUGCCAGGCCCCAGAGCUGCCCAUCAGCCUCAGCAGGCAGAGGGAGGUGCCAGCGCGGCCCGAUGAGUUUGGCUUCAUCCUGGACGACGUGCAGGCAGUGCUGGCCCUCAACAACACGCCGUUCAUCUACUACCCCAACCCCGAGUUCGAACCCCUCCAUGUGUCUGGGGUGCUGGAGCUCAAGCCUGGCUCCCCCAUCAUACUGAAGGGGCGGAACUUCCUCCCUCCUACCAAUACCAACGGCAAUAACGGCAAGCUGAACUACACGGUUCUGAUUGGUGAUAAACCUUGUCUGUUGACCGUGUCAGACAACCAGCUGCUGUGUGAGUCGCCCAACCUGACGGGGCGACACAAAGUCUUGGCCCGUGUGGGCGGCAUCGAGUUCUCCCCGGGCGUGGUCCACAUCACAUCAGACAGCCCGCUGAGCAGCACGGCCAUCAUCAGCAUCGCCGGCGCCGGCGCCCUGCUCAUCCUCUUCAUUGUGAUAGUGCUCAUUGCAUACAAACGCAAGUCACGCGAGAGCGACCUCACCCUGAAGAGGCUGCAGAUGCAGAUGGACAACCUGGAGUCUCGUGUGGCCCUGGAGUGUAAAGAGGCCUUUGCCGAGCUGCAGACAGACAUCCAUGAGUUGACCAGUGACCUGGAUGGAGUGGGCAUCCCCUUCCUGGACUACAGGGCCUACACCAUGAGGGUCCUCUUCCCUGGCAUAGAGGAGCACCCUGUUCUCAGGGACCUGGAGGUGCCGGGCUACAGACAGGAGCAGGUGGAGAAGGGCCUGAAGCUGUUCGGCCAGCUCAUCAACAACAAGGUCUUCCUGCUCUCAUUCAUCCGCACGCUCGAGUCGCAGCGCGGCUUCUCCAUGCGCGACCGCGGCAACGUGGCCUCGCUCAUCAUGACAAUGCUGCAGAGUAAACUGGAGUACGCCACCGAUGUCCUCAAGCACCUGCUCUCUGACCUCAUCGACCGCAACCUGGAGAGCAAGAAUCACCCCAAGCUGCUGCUCCGAAGGACGGAGUCUGUGGCAGAGAAAAUGCUGACCAACUGGUUUACCUUCCUGCUAUACAAGUUCCUAAAGGAGUGUGCGGGUGAGCCCCUCUUCUCCCUCUUCUGUGCCAUCAAGCAGCAGAUGGAGAAGGGGCCUAUAGACUCCAUCACUGGUGAGGCGCGCUACUCGCUCAGCGAGGAUAAGCUCAUCAGACAGCAAAUCGACUACAAGAUGCUGGUGGUGAACUGCAUCCACCCGGAUAAUGAGAAGAGCCCUGAGAUCCAGGUGAAGGUGUUGAACUGUGACUCCAUCAGCCAGGUGAAGGAAAAGAUCCUGGACGCCAUAUACAAGAACGUUCCCCACUCCCACCGACAGAAGGCCUCUGACAUGGACCUUGAGUGGCGCCAGGGCAGAGGUCAGCGUACGAUCCUGAUGGAUGAAGACCUCUCUACCAAGAUUGAGAGCGACUGGAAGAGACUCAACAUGCUUGCUCACUACCAGGUGCCUGAUAACUCUGUGAUGGCCCUGGUCCCCAAGCAGGUGACGGCCUACAACUCGGUCAACAACUCAACUGUGUCCAGAACCUCAGCCAGUAAAUACGGUAUGGCUAAUGUGACAGUGUGUGUGUGUGUGUGUGUGUGUGUGUGUGUGUGUGUGUGUGUGAGAGAGAGAGAGGAGCACAUUUCCGGCACAUUUCCAGAUUUCUUUGCUGGAUAGGAGUGUCCUCCUGGAACUAAAACAAUUAUGCCCCCCCCCCUCCAUCUCCCAGCACUCUGUGUGCCUGAGAGUUAAACAGGAAGAACGGUGUCCUUCUCAUUGGAGUGGGAUCCAUAGUCAGAGUCAGCACACACACACUCACAUGCACACACAAACACACAUCAGCACACACACAGACGUUCACACCUACACACACACUGGGUAUUCCCUGUUGCGAAUGCACAAGCUCCAUUGCCAGAAUUUUAAUUAAAAAACGUGGCUAAACAGCACCUUCUCCCUCUAAAUCUUCACCACAGAAACCAACACAGACUUCUCCUGCACACACUGUUCAUCCCUCAAACUAACUGAGCUCCAUAUGUCACUAACAGAUGUAAAGGCUCUGUUAACAAUACCUGAACACAUAGUAAAGUCUUCCAUACAUUAGCCACUGUUAACAAUACCUGAACACAUAGUAAAGUCUUUCAUACAUUAGCCACUGUUAACAAUACCUGAACACAUAGUAAAGUCUUCCAUACAUUAGCCACUGUUAACAAUACCUGAACACAUAGUAAAGUCUUCCAUACAUUAGCCACUGUUAACAAUACCUGAACACAUAGUAAAGUCUUCCAUACAUUAGCCACUGUCAACAAUACCUGAACACAUAGUAAAGUCUUCCAUACAUUAGCCACUGUCAACAAUACCUGAACACAUAGUAAAGUCUUCCAUACAUUAGCCACUGUUAACAAUACCUGAACACAUAGUAAAGUCUUCCAUACAUUAGUCACUGUUAACAAUACCUGAACACAUAGUAAAGUCUUCCAUACAUUAGCCACUAUGUGCUGUCACACCUUAGUAAUAGUGACAAAGCCCCAGAGGAGAAGAGGGACAGAACUGAGCCCAGGAGACAGGAUAACAAGAUUAGAGAGCAGGGAAUUUAACAGACUAACAAAGAGAGGGAAGAGAAGGAGUGCAUUUGCAGUUUGCACUUUCCUCCCCCCUGGGACUGGAGAUUCGUGUCCCAAAUAGCACCCUACUCCCUAAAUAGUGCACUACUUUGGACCAGAGCCCCAUGUGGAAUAUGGUGAACUACAUAAUAGAGUAAUAGGGAAUAGAGUACCAUUUGGGAUGCAGACAGACAGUGUCCCAUCCAGCAGUGACUGUCUUGGUCUGGCCCUGUGUUCUCUUGAACCUGAGAAGAAGCCAUCAAAUCAAACCCUGAUCAAAGGCAGCGCUGCCCGGACUCAAACACUCCAGACACAUCAAAUUACGGCUUUAUUAGCCAGCUAGCACCUCAUCUCCAUACGCCAUCUCACCGCCUCGCCUCCGUUCCUCCACUCAAAAUAGACCAAAGAAAAAGGAGGGUGAGUGUGAAAGAGAAAGAGAAAGGGGACAGGACGGAGAUAGAGAGAGAGAUGGAGGAAGACAGAAUGUCACACAUCUCUUGACUUAGUUGGGGAAUUGACUUCAAACGAUGCCAGAGCCACUUG